AUGGCUCCCAAAGAGAGACUCUCAUGGAGUGAGCAAGAUACUAAAAAAUUCUUGGAGAUUUGUAUCCAAUUAAAAGCAGGAUCAAGUGAACGCAAAACAAAUUGGGCAAAAAUUGUUCAAGGUUUAAAUGUAGCAACUGGAAAAAAUUUUAAUGAUAAACAAGCUAGAAAUAAGUAUGAUGACUUGAAAGCACAAUUUAAAAUAUGGAAUGAGAUGGAAUUAAAGUGGACAGGUCUUUCAUUUGAUCCCGAGAGUGGAUGUCCACAAAAACAUAAAGGCAUACCUUCCAUGUUCUUGAAGAAGCCUUUAGCUCAUUUGGCAUUGCUACGUAGUCUUUAUAGUGGAUCUUUUGCAACUAGCAAAUAUAGUUAUUCCCCUGGAUGA